UGCGAUCCCUACGUGAAGAUUUCGGUGGGCAAGAAAUCCAUUAACGACCAAGAAAAUUACCUGCCCUGUACCCUGGAGCCUGUCUUCGGAAAGAUGUUCGAGUUGAGCUGCACCUUGCCCCUGGAGAAGGACUUGAAGAUCACACUCUACGACUAUGACCUCCUGUCGAAGGAUGAGAAGAUCGGGGAGACCGUCAUAGACCUAGAGAACCGGUUCCUGUCAAAAUAUGGGGCGCGCUGCGGCCUCCCCCAAACCUACUGCAUCUCUGGACCCAACCAGUGGCGAGACCAACUCCGUCCCUCCCAGCUGCUUCACCUCUUCUCCCUGCAGCACAACUACAAGGCUCCCACCUACAAGCCCGACCGGCUCAUCUUCAGGGAGCAAGAGUACAUCCUCUCUGAGCUUGAGGACGGCAAACCCCUGAACCCUCACCUGGGGCCGGUGGAGGAACGUCUCGCCCUGUACGCCCUGCGGAAGCAGGGGCUGGUGCCAGAGCACGUGGAGACCAGACCUCUCUACAGCCCUCUCCAGCCAGAGAUUGAGCAGGGGAAGCUACAGAUGUGGGUGGACCUGUUUCCGAAAUCUCUGGGUCAGCCUGGCCCCCCUUUCAACAUCACGCCACGCAAAGCCAAGAGGUUCUUCUUGCGCUGCAUCAUCUGGAACACCAAAGACGUCAUCCUUGACGACCUCAGCAUCACUGGGGAGAAGAUGAGUGACAUCUAUGUCAAAGGCUGGCUGGUUGGCCACGAGGAGAACAAGCAGAAGACGGACGUGCACUACAGGUCUAUGGGAGGAGAGGGCAACUUCAACUGGAGAUUCGUCUUCCCCUUCGACUACCUCCCUGCUGAGCAGAUGUGUUACGUCGCAAAAAAG